AUGUGGCGGCUACUAUCAAAGAAGCCUGUAACAGCUCAACAUAGCAUUUUGUCUUCAAUCAGCAUCAUUGGUGUUUUAUCAGGCUUACUGUGUUUCUGUUCCUCAGUUUAUGCCGAUACCCCAGGUCCUCGUGCAAAUCUUGCCGGCUUGACUAUCGAUGAGAUGAUAUUGUCAUGGGUACCUAUCAAAACGUCGUCUGGACAACUGGAUCCGGGACCCAAUCUCUUGUUUGGAAUGACAGCUCUUCCACAAGAAAAUACUAUCGUUAUCGAUGGCGGUUCUGGUCUUGACGGAGCAAACCCUACGGUGCAUGAUACUGUUGCCUUUGACGUAGACUCUAUGACAUGGCGACUCGUUGGGCACAGCAUCGUAGCCGAUUCUCAAAAUAGAGUUUAUGUUGCAACUGGUUACAGUGAUGUAGACACUGGUAGCAACGUAACAGUAUUCCCAAGACAAAUGAGCGUAUUGGACUUUCCUACAGGAGCGUGGACAACCAACACUGCCAGCUUACCUGAUGAUUUUCUACCUCGCAGCGCAGCCACUGGUGUGCUCGGGAACGAUGGAAUUAUUUACUACAUUGGGGGCUUCGUCACCAUAUCACGAACUUCUGAUGCAGGUCCGGUAACGAGUAUACUCGCAAAUAUGACGGAUAUUCUCACCUACGAUACAAGCACCAGUUUGUGGAUUGAAAAGCAAACGAAUUUGUCACAAUUGACACCAAGUCCUCGCUAUCAACACACUUCUACAUUAAAUCCAAAAACAGGCGAAAUUAUCGUUUACGGUGGAUUUAACGGUAGCAUGUUUGGACACGAUGAUUAUUUUUAUGUACUCGAUAUCGAAACAAUGUCAUGGAAAACCGAGACGCUUAACAGGUCUGCCAAUGCAAGUGGUGCUGGCCCAAUUUAUGGUCACCAAGCCAUCAUCGACGCGGAUGCUCUUAUAUUGUUGUUUGGUCAUGAUAGGGAAGGACUAGUCAGCAACAACAUCCACGUACUCGACCUAAAUACCUAUUCAUGGAUCGACCACAUUGUAGGUGCUGAGCCAGACGGAGUAUCAGCUGACGAUGAUCCGGAAAGUAAUAAUGAUGGUUUGGCUAGCGGUGCGAUAGCCGGAAUUGCUGUUGGAAUUGUAGCAGUGAUCUGUAUAGUAGGAGUUAUUUUGUACAUCUACAUCCGCCGACGACGUCAGAAACAAAAGUCAACAAGUGUCGGAACAGCUUUUAGUAGCGACGGAGCUGAUGAAAAAUUAAAAGACGAUCAAUUUGACAGCUCAAAUGACGCUUUCGAGGUGACGGAACAUAGGCAGCAGCAGCAGCAACAUGGUGGGCCUUUACCACCUGCAUCAUUUUUGUCCAACAAGCCGUCGGCUAUAUUGUUAGAAGACUUAGCCGGCAGUCAAGGCUCAAAAAUACAUGUCGAAGUAGUCAGCAACCACAGCAUACCAUCUGCCAGCGAUGUAAACGGCAAUAACUUCAAAACGCAGAAAACCUCUCCCAUGAGACCCGACGGUGCUGUUCAAUUUCAAUCUGUUAAGCCCGACAAAAGCGAAGAAUAGCA